AUAACACAAUAGAAAAUCUAUAUAUACAACAUGUGAUGGAUGGCAUGGUUCAUUCUUAUUUUUGAAUGAAUCUAUUGUACAACGUGAAUGCUGAUCGUAGCCUAGCGGUUAAGAGCGUUGGGCCAGUAACAUAAAGGUUGCUGGUUCGAAUCCCCGGGCUAACUAGGUGAACAAUAUGUCCUUGAGCAAGGCACUUAACCCCAGUUGCUCUGGCUAAGAGCGUCUGCUAAGUGACGUAACAUUUUUGGAUGCUGUCACUUAAAUGGGUGUUUCCUCUGGAGUUGACAUAUUUACAACUUGAUAGACAGGGAUGGAGAAGAGAACAGCGCCCUCGUCGAGCAGCAUCAUACAGUACUAUACCGUGACAGACCGACUGCAACUGGGACAGCAAAGUGUGUCGUUCUUCAACUUCUAUUGACGGAAGAAAAAUAGCUUUUUUUGUGUGUCCUUUGACGGACGUGAUGAGCGGCAGGGUUGGCGACCUCAGCCCGAAGCAGGCUGGUGCAUUGGAAGAGUUUCGAGAGAGGAUUCAGGACGUUCUUCCUCUACUUCCUGCUCAUCAUGACCACUUCCUGUUGCGCUGGCUCAGAGCCAGGAACUUCAAUGUCAACAAAUCAGAGGCCAUGCUGAGAAAGCACCUUGACUUCAGGAAACACAUGAAAGCAGACACAAUCACCACAGAAUGGCAGCCUCCAGAGGUGAUAGAGAAGUACCUGUCAGGUGGGAUGUGUGGGUACGACCGUGAGGGAAGCCCCAUCUGGUGGGAUGUCAUCGGCCCCGUGGACCCCAAGGGACUCUUCCUCUCAGCGUCUAAACAGGACUUCAUCAAGUCUAAGAUCAGAGACUGUGAGAUUCUGCAGAAGGAGUGUGAGCUGCAGUCUGAGAGGUUGGGGAGACAUGUAGAAGCCAUCACUAUGAUCUAUGACUGUGAUGGUCUGGGUCUCAAACAUUUGUGGAAGCCUGCCAUCGAGACUUACGGAGAGAUCCUGACCAUGUUUGAAGACAACUACCCAGAGGGCCUCAAGAGACUGUUUGUCAUCAAAGCCCCCAAGCUCUUCCCUGUGGCUUACAACCUCAUCAAGCACUUCCUGAGUGAGAUCACCCGCAACAAGAUCAUCAUCCUGGGGGCCAACUGGCAGGAGGUGUUGAUGAACUACAUAGACCCGGAGCAGCUUCCUGCCGCGUACGGAGGGAAACUCACCGACCCUGACGGGGACCCUCGCUGUAGGAACAAGAUCCACUAUGCAGGGCCAGUGCCUGCUUCCUACUACGUCAGGGAGUCAGUGAAGGUGGAUUAUGAACAGUGUCUAACAGUCAACCGAGGCUCCUCACAGCAGCUAGAGUACGAGAUACUCUACCCUGGCUGUGUGCUCCGGUGGCAGUUUUCCAGUGAUGGGGCAGACAUCGGCUUUGGGGUGUUUCUGAAGGGGAAGAUGGGGCAGAGGCAGAGCGCAGGGCAGAUGCUGGAGGUGGUUCCCAGCCAGAGAUACAACACUCACCUGGUGCCCGAAGACGGCUCUCUCACCUGCAGCGAGCCUGGGGUCUAUGUGCUGCGGUUUGACAACACCUACAGUAUCUUCCAGUCUAAACGCAUCAGCUUCACUGUCGAGGUCCUGCUCCCUGGCCAAUCGCAGUCUCUGAAGAAAAUGAUUGUGUCGGAAUCUGGGGCUAGCAACCAAUCACAGUUCCUGAAGAACAGGAGUCUGUCAGAAUCUGGGGCCAGCAACCAAUCACGGUCUCCGAAAAACAGGAGUGGGUCAGAACGGGGGGCUAGCAGCCAAUCACAGUAUCGGAAGAACAGCUAAUCGUGACAGACGUUACUGAGUUGCUAAGCUCUCGUGGACAGAUUCUCAUGGACAGAUGAAACGGCGAGAAUCUGUCAAGGCUCACGUAAAAUUAUGUGAUUAUGAGCAGCAGUAGUUCCUGGUUUUGGGUUUACGUCAUUGAUUAUUUGGACGAAUCAGUAUUGGGUGAAUACGGUGCUUAAACUGGUGCAGUGAUUUUCAAGCCUGUGUGCGGAUGAUAAAUGGUUUCCACUAGAUUCCACAGCCGCAAAGUCCAAAUCUAUUUUUUUUGGCCAUGAUAAACACUGGUGAAUUUAGCGGAAGAGAGAGGUUUGGCUGAGAGUUUCCAUUUUUGAAGGAGGAGACUUCGCUUCCUUCGUUUGCACAAAGGUAAUCACAAUUGUUAACGGCAUUCCCCCCAGAAGUAAAACAGGAAAUGAGAUAAUUUUACUUCUAGGUAACCGAGAUUACUGAGUUGCUAGCCUCUGUGCUGUCCUAGAGUUAGCUGUGUCCCAAAUGGCACCCUAUUCCCUAUAUACUGCACUUUGGGACACAGCCAGAGUCUUACCCCCAACCGUGGUCAGUCAAACUUGAAAGCACUGAAACAGACCCCACUGGUCCGCACUGAGAGACUGACCAUCUGACCAUAUGCUGCUCACGAACAAAUGUAUGUAGCUCUGAUCCAGGGCGUUACGUGUGGCUUGCUGAUGCUGAGUCUUCAACAUCAGCAAGCCGCACGUAACGCCCUGGAACAGAGCUAGGACGUACAAUGAAGAGAAACCUAGAGGUCCACAACUCAGGAUCCCUGGAAUGGAGGACAGAUGGAUUCAAACACACAUUUAAAUAACAACUGGCAUACUUGAACAAUAAUACAGUAUGUUUAUGGAAGAGAUAUUUAAUUUCAUAGACCGGGGAUAUAUAGUAUAGCUGAAUGUCAUUGAAGGUUAUUGUUCAGGUAGUAUUAUUUUGCAGUGCUGAACAAGGUACAUAGCCCCAGAGCAGGGUGUAUUAUUUUGCAGUGCUGAACUGGGUACAUAGCCACAGAGCAGGGUGUAUUAUUUUGCAGUGCUGAAAAGGGUACAUAGCCACAGAGCAGAGUGUAUUAUUUUGCAGUGCUGAACAGGGUACAUAGCCACAGAGCAGGGUGUAUUAUUUUGCAGUGCUGAACAGGGUACAUAGCCACAUAACAGGAUGUAUUAUGUUGCAGUGCUGAACAGGGUACAUAGCCACAGAGCAGGGUGUAUUGUUUUGCAGUGCUGAACAGGGUACAUAGCCACAGAGCAGGAAGACCUCAGGAGAUAUGCAUUGUGUCAACACUCCUCAUCACCAUCUGUUCAGCAGUCUAUUUUCACUGCCAACAAUCACUAUGGGAACCACCCCCUCUCUGGUUGAACCUCAAAAGCCUUUCCUUGAUUCCUUGGUUCCUCAACCUUUUCAAAAGGCAAGGAAUAAGAAAGACUCUAGAGAUUCAUCCUCUCUGUCUCUGUCUCUGUCUCUCUGUCUCUCUCUCUCUCUCUCUCUCUCUGUCUCUCUCUCUCUCUGU